AUGAAAGACAUUUGUAACUAUCCCAUAGGACAAGAAAUUAUAUUAGAUAAACUAAUAUAUGAAAAAAGAUUUUUAAAAAAUAAAAACAAGCAAAAUAAAAUAAAAAAUGUAGAUCAAUUGAAUUAUUAUUUGAAUAAUAAAUUUAACUAUUUCUUGGGUCAUACCAAUUUUAUGAAAAAGAUAUUUAAAAAGAAAAAGAAGUUGUUAAAAGAUGAUGAGAGAGAUAAACAUAAGUGUAAAAAUAGAAGUAAAGAAGAGAUAAUAAUUAAUAAGAAAAUAUGUGGCAAAAGAAAAAAUGUAUCAUCUGAAUGUGACGAGAAAAAGAGACUUCAUAAAGAAAAAAAUGUGGAAAAUGAUGAUACUAAAAAGAAAUAUAGCAAAAUAAAGAUAGAAGGAAAUUCUUGUGAUAUAAAAAAUGAACAGGAUGUUAUGAUUAAAAAACAGUCUUUUAAUGAUUCAAUUAAUAAUUGUAAUGUGGAUAUAUAUAAAAAAGAAAUAAAUAAUGUUGUACAGGUUAAAAGAGAGAAAUCGAGCGAAGAGCAAUUACAAAUAAAAUAUAAGAAUGAUAUAAAACGUGAUAAUACAAGUGAUCAUAUAUGUAAAGAUGAACGUGAACACGAACGUGAAAGUGAACAUGAACAUGAACAUAAACAUGAACAUGAACAUAAUCUUGAAAAUAAUCAUCAACACAAUGUUGAACAUAAAUAUAACCAUAGUAAUAAUCACAAACGUAGUAAUAAUAAUUAUCCUGGUAAUUAUAAUCAUUGUGACGAGACAUCAUCUGUAUUAUCUGAAGAAGAUGAAAAACUUCAUUCGUUCAGUCCCUUAUCCAACAAUUCAGAUUUAAGCAACGUAUCUAAUAUGUCUCCUGAUAUGCUUUGUUUUGAAAAACAAUUUAAAUAUAUAUAUGAUAUUUAUAAACAAAAUGACAAAAAUGUUUUUCUCUUUUAUAAUCCUCCUGUAUGUAAAUGUGUAAACAAAAAUUUAAAGGAACAAUAUUUUCAAAAACUGAAUGAUAAAUAUCCAUGUCUUUUUAACUGUUCUUAUUAUGUAGAUUCUAUGAAAACAAUAAAAUAUGAUUGUAAGAAAAAAAGUGACAAUAUUAAUGAUAAAAAUAUUAUUAAUAAUGGCAAGGAUGAAAAAAAUAAUAACCAAGUAUUAAAUAAUAUAGAAGAUAAACAAGCACAUGCAGAUCACCACAACAUAAACAACAACUAUGAACAAAAUAUACAAAUACCAAAGAAGAUGGAUAUUCAUAGUGAACAAGAAAAUAUAAACGUGUCUACGAAUUAUGGAGAAGUUGCUUCUUAUGCAGUAGAAAUAAAAAUGUACGCUAAGGCUUUUUUUGAGUUAUACUUUAUGGAAAAAUAUAAAAGAAAUGAAGGUGUUAUAAAAGUUAAGUAUGAUGAUAAUAAGAAAAAUGUUUAUGAUGAUGAUGAUAAUAAGAAAAAUGUUUAUGAUGAUGAUGAUAAUAAGAAAAAUGUUUAUGAUGAUGAUGAUAAUAAGAAAAAUGUUUAUGAUGAUGAUGAUAAUAAGAAAAAUGUUUAUGAUGAUGAUGAUAAUAAGAAAAAUGUUUAUGAUGAUGAUGAUAAUAAGAAAAAUGUUUAUGAUGAUGAUGAUAAUAAGAAAAAUGUUUAUGAUGAUGAUGAUAAUAAGAAAAAUGUUUAUGAUGAUGAUGAUAAUAAGAAAAAUGUUUAUGAUGAUGAUGAUAAUAAGAAAAAUGUUUAUGAUGAUGAUGAUAAUAAGAAAAAUGUUUAUGAUGAUGAUGAUAAUAAGAAAAAUGUUUAUGAUGAUGAUGAUAAUAAGAAAAAUAAUUAUAAUGAUGAUAAUAUGAAAAAUAUUUAUAAUGAUGAUAAUAAGAAAAAUAUUUAUAAUGAUGAUAAUAAGAAAAAUAUUUAUAAUGAUGAUAAUAAAGAAAAUAUUUAUAAUGAUGAUGUUAAAGAAAGCUAUGUGGAACAUAUUAAUCACAAUAUUGAUAUAUGUAAAAAUAAUAAGAAGAAUAAAAAAGAGAAGAGACUAUGUUUAUCCUUCUUGUCAUCAUCAUCUGAAGAAGAAGCUUUAAAAAGUUAUUUUGAUAAAUGUUUAUACAAAAUAAUAAAAAGACGAACUAGAACUUGUGAUAAUAAUUUAUGUUGUGGUUUAUUAUAUAUUCCAUAUAGUUAUAUUGUUGUAUUAUUAAAUAGAAAGAUAGAGAAUUUAACAUAUGCAUGUACAUAUUUGAGAAUUCCUUCAGAUACCGAUAUAUAUUAUAAUAAUAAAAAGAAUGUAAUAACAUUAUGUACAAAAAAUUCACAACAUGAGUUUUUUUGUUAUUAUUGUUUAAAACAAAAUAAUUAUGUUAAAAAUGUUAUAAUAUAUGAUGUGUAUUAUGAAGGAUUCAUUCCUUUUUUUAGACCAAUACUUAAUUUAAAGAGUAAAAAAAAUCAAGACAAAAUACAAAACUUUAUUACUUAUAAUAAAAAUAUAAAUUUAUCUAUUGUUUUUUUUUUAACAAAUCCAAGAGAGAAAAUUGAAAGAUCCAAAAAGGAUGGCAACAUGCGGGAUGGUUAUAUUUCGAAUGAUGAAAAAGGAAAAAAUAUACCAUGUAACAAAAAACAUGAAAAUAAUGAAGAUGACUAUAGGAAAGAUAAUACGUAUGACGUUUUCUUUAAUAAUAACAAUGUUGAAGAUAUAAAAAAAAUGAGACUUAAGAUUUGUAAAAUAUUUAAUAUUAAUCAUCGUAAUAACUUAAAUAACAAUAUGAGUAGUUCAAAGAGACAUAUACCACAUGACAUGAACCCAGAUGAUAAUAUUGAGAAAUAUUUUUCAAAUCUUUGUAGUGGUAUAGAGGUAAUAAAUAAUAUGAAUAUAAAAAUGGUUGUUGAUAAAAUUAUGAAGAUAAUAAAUAAAAAUGAUAGUGUUUGUAAUAAGAAGUGUAUAUAUCAUGAGUAUAAUAAAAAUCGUAUGAAAUAUAAGGAUAUACAAAUAUAUUUAUGUGAAGAAAUUAAUUCUUUUAGUUUUGAUCGUCGUCCUUUAGUAGUUAAAAAAAGGGAAGUUAAUUUAUCAUCUUAUGUACAUUUUCAUAAAAUUAUUAAUAAUAUAUAUGAACAAAAGAAUUGUCAUCAGCUCCUAGGAUUAAUAAAUGAACAAUUGGAUAAAAAUAUUUUUAAUAAAGCAUAUAUGAAAGAUAAAAUAUUACAAGUAGCUCUUAGUAAUAAUAUGUUUGAAUAUGGUAGUUCUUUGAAUAAAGAUAAUAAGGAUGUUUAUUCUGAUCCUUGUCACAAUAAUAAUAAUAAAUUAUAUUGUUCGUUAAAUGAAAACAAAUUUGAAGAGGAUAAUCAAAAUAUAUUAAAUUCUUUAGAUAGGAAAAAGGAUAAUCAUGUUAAUCAUAGUAUGGUAGACGAUACAAAUUUGAGCAAUAUUAAUAAUACUUGUCAUAAAAAUAAUGAUACUAACAAUAAUGACAAUAAUAAUAAUAAUAAUAAUAAUAAUAAUAAUAAUAAUAGUUGUGAUAAUAAUUUGUCUACUCAUAUAGAAGAAAAGGAAAAUAUAAAAAAAUGUACAGAUAAUAUAUUCAAUGACACUUUUUUUAUUUUUAACGAAAAUUCAGAUUUAUACACAAACGAAGAAUAUAAAAAGAAUAGAAUAUAUAGUAUAAAUAAUAAAAACAAUAUAAAUGAAUAUGUAAAAAAUAAAAUGAUGAAAUAUACAAGUAACAAUUAUUUAAGUAAUAAAAUAUCUACAAAUAUUUUGCAGAACUUAUUUAAUAUAUAUGUAUGUUCAUAUUUAAUGAAAAAAAAUAAUUAUAAUAUAUCUCAUAUAGAAAAAAAAAAAAAAAAAAAAGAAUUUAAAAAUUUGUCAAAUAUAUAUAAAUUAAAAUAUAUGAAAGAAUGUUAUUAUUCCUUAUUCAAUAUGUAUAAAAAUAAAUUCAACAUACAAAUAAAACAGCAAGAGGAAAAAGUAAUACACAAAUAUAAUUGGAUGUAUGAGGAUUUUUAUGUAAACCGUCUUAUCUCUCAAAUAAUGAAAAAGAAAAAAAAAAAAAAAAAAAAAAAGAUAGACAUAAAAAUGGAGAAAGAGAAAGAGAAAGAAAAAGAGAAAGAGAAAGAGAAAGAGAAAGAGAAAGAAAAAGAGAAAGAGAAAGAGAAAGAAAAAGAGAAAGAAAAAGAGAAAGAAAAAGAAAAAGAGAAAGAUAAAGAAAAAGAGAAAGAAAAAGAGGAAAAAUAA